CGCAAUGAAACUCGAAACCCCAUCUUCAAACUGCUUCACUCUUCCUCGAGCUUUCAUCCAUGGCGACUGAGAACAACAAAUCAAAAGCGAACAAGAGGAGCAGGCAACGCUAUCUUCCCCAAAACAGAGCAGUGAAGAAGGCGAUACGCCCAGGAGUGCAGGGGUUUUAUAUAACCUGCGAUGGAGGGAGGGAGCGCCAAGCCUCUCAUGAAGCUGUUAAUGUUAUUGACUCUUUUUAUGAAGAGCUGGUUAAUGGGACACAAACAAAAGCGGAAGAUACAAAACCAGUAAAACAAACUUUAAAUAAGAAAAUUGUGUUCAAGGAUUCUGAUUCUUCUAGUAGUGAUGAAGAAGCUGAAGAGGAAAGUGAAGACAAUGUGAAUGGUGGAGAUCAGAAGGAUGCAGAUCACACCCAGACGAGUGAAGACAAUAAAGAAAAAGCUGCAAGUGAUGGGAGCGUCAAGAACAAUGAUGGUAAGGAUGGCGUAGAAAAAGCUGGUGAUGAUGGAAGUGGUUGUCCAACCAAUGGAACAUCUGGAUCUGAAAAAGAGGAUAAUGUCUCUUGUCAGCAGCAGGUGCAAGGAAAGAUACAAGGUAAGGAAGAGCAAACAGAAAGUCAUGAAAAUAAAAAAGAUGAAGUUGUGGAGCCACCUGCAAAGAAACAAUGUCUGGAAACAGUAAAACCAGCAUCUACGGUAACUACAUCUAAUAAAAAGGAGGAGAAAUCUAUUGAUAGACUAAUUGAAGCUGAGCUUGCUGAGUUGGGAGAUAAGAGCAAGAGACGUUUUAGCUACCUAGACUCAGGUUGCAAUGGUGUUAUCUUUAUCCAAAUGCGUGUUAGAGAUGGAGAUCCAAGCCCAAAGGAUAUUGUCCAACAUAUGGUAUCCUCUCUUGCCUCAACAAAGAAGCAUGUAUCAAGGUUCAUGUUAAGAAUACUGCCAAUUGAAGCAACAUGCUAUGCAUCAGAUGAGGAAAUAGGGAGAGCAAUCAAACCUCUCAUUGAGAAAUACUUCCCCUCUGAAACUGAGAGUCCACAUAAGUUUGCUGUACUUUAUGAAGCCCGCGCUAACACUGGAAUUGAUAGAUCAAAAAUUAUCGACACAGUGGCAAAAUCUGUCCCUCAACCUCACAAAGUUGAUCUCAGCAACCCAGACUUGCAUAUAGUAGUUCAAGUUGUCAAGACAGUUUGCUUGCUAGGGGUUGUCGAAAAAUACAAAGAAUGGGCAAAGUACAAUGUGAGACAGCUGACGUCUUCCAAGUGACAAACCUGAUAUAACCACAUGAUUGAGAGUAGUACUCAGAAUUGGCGUAAAGUGCAUUGCAACAUGGGGUUUGUGAACAACUUAAGAAACUAUCAUUGCAACAUGUUUUGCCUCGCUAGAUCUGCGAGUUGAUAUUUCUGAUGCUACCUUUAGUUAAUGGGGGUUAUAAUUUAAUAGUUUUUAGUGAUGGAACAUCUUUUUUCUUUCUUGUGCUUAGUUAAUAAGAAUUUUUGUUUUAAGGUAUUUUUC